CUUUCCGCGACUUCCGAGUCGAGCUAAGUGGAACCAGACUGUCGAGUUUGCUUUUGAGCGUGUGCGGACAGUGCCAAGCACCGUGAGCUUCUUGGUGUCCACUUAGCUUUAACUACCCAGGAUUUACGUUUUCCUGCUGGUUUAUGGACACGGCUGGCAAUCUCAAAGAGAACGGACAAGACUCUGGCUCCAGAAACGGGGGAUCGAGGAGAGACAAGCCCCAGGGACUUGCAAUCUAAAGCAGGAGAUUGCCCUGUCCUGAAGAAACCUCUUCUGAAGACUUCCAGGACCCGCUUCCUGAGAUGGCUCAAGACCAGCCUUUGGUGGCUGUGCAGGAGGUCCUGAGGAAGUGCUUCCCCGUGGUGGAGGAGCAGCAGGGCCUGUGGCAGAGCACUCUGCAGGACUGCUCGCCCCUCCUCUCGUCUCUCAGCAACCUGGCUGAGCAGCUGCAGGCUGCACAGAAUCUGCGGUUUGAGGAUGUGCCAGCACUCCGUCCCUUCCCGGACUUAGAGGAGCGGCUGAGGCGCAAGCAGCUGGAGGCUGGUGACAUUGUCCUGGACAAGCUCGCUGAGAGGCUAGCCACCCUCCUCAAGGUCCGCGACACCGUCAGCAGGCACGUGGAGCAGGUGUUUCAGACCUACGAGCAGCAUUCGGCUGUGCUUGACAUGGAUGCUGUCCUGCGGCCCUCGGUUGUGAGCCCCUCUGUGGCCGACAUGUUGGAGUGGUUGCAAGACAUUGACAGACACUAUCGAAGCUCGUACCUGAAGAGAAAGUACCUCCUCUCCUCCAUCCACUGGGGAGACUUGGCCAGCAUCCAAGCACUGCCCAAGGCCUGGGACCAGAUUUCCGAAGAUGAAUGCCAGACCCUCGUGCCAGAUAUCCUGGUGAGUGUCUCCUUCUUCCUGGAGGAGCCAGGAAGCUGCGCAGUGUCUGGAGAUCUGGAGCCCUGCAGCUGAGGACGGCUGUGGCUGCCUCUGCUGUUUCUAAGUGAGCAUCGGCAGUGCAGCCCGACGCCCUGAGACACCGGAACCUACGGUAGAGGUCCCUAGGGCUUCUCCACCCCGGCCUGUGGCCCAGGGUCUGUGGCCGUUGCCCCUGCGGCUCUGGCAGGUGGAUAGGGGCAGAGGGAACAGGAAAGGCAGUGCUGAUGAGCAGUGUCCAUCUCCAUCGUUAGGCUGGACUGGCAGGGAAGGAAAGGCAGGAGGUAGAGGGCCACAGCGUCCUCUGCGUCAGCUGAAGUCCUUCGUCCGGUUGGCUCAGGUUGUGUGUGUGUGUCAAUAUCUGAGUCCUUAAUGAUUUAAAGAUAUGAGUGGGUCUGGGAGUGCAGGGCAGUAGCAAUGUGUGUGUGGCACACGUGAAGCCCUAGAUUCAAUCCCUUGCACACCCUAAAAAGGGAGGGACUGAAGGAAAGCAUUUGAAAUACUCUUCACAGUAGUUCAAACCAAUUUCCAUUUCCAAAACCAGCCACCAGGGGGAGAUGGUGUAGCGUGAACGGUUCUGAAUGUUUUAUCCUUGAGAGGUCUCAUGUUGCUGUUAAAAGUAACUGAGAGCCAGGAAGAGCCCACCCACUGCUGGAGAGGCAAAGACAGGUGAUCUCUGAUUUUGAAAUCACCCUGAUCUACAUAGCUCCAGACUAACCAAGGCUACAUACUGAGACUGUCUUAAAAAAAAAAAAAAAAAAAAAAAAAAAAA